AGUCGGUCGUGUCACUGGCAAGUGAGUAACGCCAUUUUCUGUGUUUGCGGAUAGAUAUUACGGGCGAUAAAGUGACACAUUAGGUGUAUCGGAGGUUAAUUUGUCGGGUGUUUCGAGUGUCGGUGAAAUGUUUGGAUACCUGGAAAGACGCGGAGCAGAUAUGGUUUCCAGAGAUCGGUGAGCCGACCUUGAAGGCUGAUUGAGAGGCUUGGCCAAGGCUUUCGUGAUGCCGCUACCGAAGCGUUUGGUAGAGCCAGUGCACGUUGCACGUGGUACAAUUCCGGAUGAUUUUCCUCUGCCAUCGGAGCUAGAAGCAGCGACAAAUGGCACCCUGGCAAAUACGGUGCGACAGUUGUCAAGCCUUUCGAAACACGCCGAAGAUCUCUUUGGGGAAUUGGCCAGGGAGGCUCAUGGACUCUUUGAUCGGGCGAAUUCCCUCCAAGCUCGAAUUGACAGGCUCGCUGUCAAGGUCACUCAGCUAGACAGCAAUGUGGAGGAAGUUUCGUUACAAGAUAUACACAUGAGAAAAGCUUUCAAGAGUUCUGUGGUGUUCGAUCAGCAAGUUGUUUCAAGAGAUACCAUGCCAACUGUCAUGACGGACACUUAUCAACAGUGUGACAAACCGCCUCCGCUUGAUAAACUAAAUAUUUACAGAGAGGAUGGCAAAGAUGGUUUGAAAUUCUACACGGACCCAAACUACUUCUUUGUACUGUGGAGACAAGAGAUACUUAAGGAUACUGAAAAGAUGCUGCAUGAUCGAGGGAAAAAGCCGCAUAGGCCUCGGAACGAAGGAAGCGGCAGUGGAGGCGGCAGGCACAAGAAGCGUGUGAGGCAGCCUCACAAUACGAGGGAGAGACAAAGACAGUUAGCCGUUGGCCAUGGGGAGUACAUAAUGCCCUCCCAAACUGUUCAGUAUCGAUCAACUCACAAAAUACCCGACGAUGCAUUACUUGGAAUGGUCAUGACGGAGCAGCGGCCUCCAAGACCAAAUAGCAUAGAAUUGAGACGAAGCUAUCCGACUGAAGAGCAAAAUAUGUACAGUCCUCCGACCUCUGAUCAUUACAGGGCAGCAAAUUACGCGGCUCAAGGCUACGAUGAGAAUCUCUACGGUUCGCACUACGCACCUGGCCAGAGCCAGCAUGACAGUGAAACGUACCAGAGCCCAGGGGGUCAAAGUACUCCCAGCCGGAGUGGCCGGUCUAGACCUUCACAACCCCCGCCAGCUCCGCCUAGUAACUCGUCUAGUAAUUCUACCCCGACUGUUGUAUCGGCAAACAAUACCCCAACUAGAGGAAGAUCCAUGAGCACUGGAAGGGAUACUUUGCCUCCGCCACCUCCGCCACCUGGUGAAACUAUGUCACCGCCAUCUAUGAAUGGAUCUAUACCGUCGCAUUUACUGAAUCGGAACGGGAGCCGCUCGAACAGUCCAUUACCAAGUCAUCACUCAACUCCGACGCCACCGAAUCACAAUAAUCAACUUGGCUCGGAUGACACUUGCGAUGCUAUGCCACAAGACCUACCACCACCGCCACCAACCCCUGAUCCAACUCCGCCAAGAACAGUAUCGCCUCCUUGCAAUAUUCCACCUCCACCACCGCCGCCUCCCCCACUUCCAGAAACCAAUGGACUUUUAUUACCGAUGCCCAUGACGAACGGUGACAUCGCUAAAAUGAUUGCCAACAAUCCGCCAAAAUUGACGCCGCCUAAAACCAUGAUCGAUGGAUCACAACGAAAGCCUGUCAACCCGAACAUUCCUCUGGUUGAUCCAAGAAACGAUUUACUCAAAGCGAUCAGAGACGGUAUAAAGUUACGAAAGGUGGAAAAAAUCGAACAGAAGGAAGUGGAACGCGUGAAUGCGCUCCACGACGUAGCGUCGAUACUGGCGCGUCGAGUCGCAGUAGAAUUUAGCGACAGCGAUUCUGCGUCAGAAAGCGAAUGCGACAGCGAAGGUUGGGGAGAACAGGAUACGAGUUUGGCGUGACCCCAUAGUUUGCCGCCAACUGCAACUGCCUCUUAGGUAGCCAAUUGUCUCAGGUGAAUUCUUCUGACAAACUCUAUGUUUAAGUCGAAACGCAUGGUUGUCGACAAGAAUUUUAUGAAAAAAUGAGAAUAAAAAAAAUAAUAAGAAA